AUGGACUCCGCGACGCCGUCGAAGAGGGCCAAGACGGCGGCCGGCGUCGGCACCCCGCAGAAGGCGGUGGCUGCGCCGGUGGACCGGAUCUUUACGCCGGAGAAGCCGACGAAGAGGGCGUUCGCGGCCGAGCAGAUCUGCACGCCGGAGAAGCCGUCGGCAGCGCGGAGGGCGCGGGCCGCCAGCGGCGGCGUGGCGUUCUCCGUCAAGGGCGUCCGGCGGGCGGCGCUCGAGCUGCGGCGGCCGGAGAGGGCGGCUGCCUCGCCGGCCGCCGCGGAGGACGAGCUCGAGGCCGUCGAGCGGCAGCUCGGCGUUGCUCCCGCGCCCGUCCGGAGCCCCGUCAAGCGCAAGGCCAAGCUGCCGGAGAGCUACGAGAUGCUCUGUGAGUUCUUCAAUUGCUUCGAGAGCUCCACCCGGUUGCUCCGGAUGAAGGGAUCCAAGGCAACCUUCCCCAACAUCUGUGCGAGCAUUCAGCAUCUGUCUGAACGGAGGUUUACCUACAGCCAUCUUGCGCAGCUCAAGUACAUAAUGCCUGAGGCCAUUGUCAUCAACAAGAUCCUUUUGCGCGACGAGACGACGUGCUGCAUGAAGCCGGAUCUGCAGGUGAACCUCCUGGUUGACGCGGUUGAGGGCGUCGCGAAGCAAAAGGGGGAAACCGGGUACUCGGCGUUGAGAAGAAUCUUCAGACAGAGGCUGGUGGAUUUCUUCAGAGACCACCCGGAGGGAGAUGACAUUCCAGAGCAUGACCUGCCACAUCCAUUUAGUCAGACAAGAUCAAGUGCACCUCUAGCUGUGCCAGAAGAUGCUCCUAAACCUGUGUGUGCACUACCAUCGUCAUCUGUAGCUGACAGGCAGCCUGUUGCAAUGUCACACAUGUCUCAUUCCUUCAAGAGAAUGUUUUCGCAAAGAUCCGCAUCGGCUGCUGCAAUCACCAGCACAGCCAGUCCACUUGCAAAGGUUGAGCCCUCUAUUGCAUCUCCAUUGAGCCGGAAGUCGCCGCUCGGAUCUCCUGUUUCUGGUGGUGUAAGUGUGGUUGAUGAAUGCCAUGCCCAAGAGAAAAAUAGCAAGGAUGUUACACUCAAGUUUGGUGUUUCAGAAGGAACUCCUGCAAAGUUUGUCUCUACACCGGUGAGGUUAAUGGCAGAGACACCAGUUCUUCAAACUCCCAAGAGGCCUGUGUCUAGCACUAGCUGCGAUACACCACCACUCAAGUUGGCCAAACGAUCUGCUAGGACUAAACUGUUCAUGACACCGACAAAAGAUGCAGGUGACUUGGAUGAAGAAAAGCAAAGCACGAGUGCAUCGGCCCUUGAUGGCGACGACGAGUUACUCAGUUUUCUCCCAAAGUCUCUCUUGCAAUCGGUGAAGAGCAAAGAAAAGAGAGCUCUGGAGGAGAAGCAAACUGGAUUUGCAGAUCGGAUUAAAAGGGAGAAACUAAUAGCAUCCUUGCCAAGCAUCUUUGACAUUAUCUUCCUUAUCUACCAAUCAAGGCAGCGCUCUGUCAUGACAAAGCAGGAGCUAAUCCACAAGAUAAUUGCAAGCAAUCCAAAGAUUGUGGAUAGAGGUGAAGUUGAAGAUCAGUUAAGAUUGCUGGAAGAGAUAAUUCCAGAUUGGAUAUCUGAGAAGACCGCGCGAACUGGAGAUGUUCUCUGCUGUGUCGAUACAGCAAUGAGCCAAGCAGAGAUUCGACAGAGACUGUAUGCUGCUGAAUAGGGAGGAACUGUAAUAUGAAUGGAUACAUUGUGAUUAGUAAUGUAGGGAUGUGACAAGUUUAUGACCUCAGGUCGGAAGAAAACAAAUCAGAUGAAACUUAGUUUGAUCAAUAUGUGGUAGUUCUCAGAUUGAGUUCAAAUCCAAAUGAAUUGAGUUGUAUAGCUAACCAAGUCUUCCUAACCGACUGCUGUUGAUCUCCCCACUCCAUGUGUAAAUUCUAUUAUUUGUAAGGCCUUGUAUGGCGUCAAUCUGAAAGCAAUGAUGCGUCUGAGAAACUUGAAAUUAUGUUUUGCUUUCUCAGAUGUAUGAUUGCAUUAUUCCUGAAUUACAUGAGGAUAAGACAUAUAUCUGCUGGAUAUUUUUCUAUU